AAAGGGAGGGUUUCUUAAAACAUCACGUUACGUGAACUACAUCACAAAAUGGUCAAAUGUAAAUUUAAGAACGCUAUUAGUCAUGCGAAACAUUCGCUUAACCCAGGUAAUGUGUAAAAUAAAAUGCUUCACUUGUGUAGAUAGAGAAAAACAACCCAAGGGAAGUACAAUGCGAACUAAGGCUACUAUUAAGCGACUUAAUAUGUACCGUAAUUUCAAGGCCAAAAGGUUUGUAUGGCUUACUUGUACGAUGUUGACGUAGGAACAAAAAUGGGAAAAUAGUUCGCCCUGCACCUUUUCAAUCAACUCUACCCUCCGGUACAGUUGCACGGGUCGAGCCUAAUAGACGAUGGUUUGGUGGGUUGGCUCUUGCAACUAAUAGGCGUAUUUAGGCAAUACACGUGUUAUAAGUCAAGAUACGUUACAAAGUUUCAAAGAAGCGAUGAAGAUCCGAAAUCCCUACGAAAUUAUUUUACGUCAAACUCGCUUGCCUAUAUCACUUUUGGAUGAGAAGAAGACGGUAUUAGUUUACUUGUGUUAUAUUAUGUUGUAGAAAACUAAAAGUGCUCUUUUAACAUCACAGAGCUAUUCCUAUGUAUUUGGGGAUAAAGCACAGCGCAAAAGACCUUCGUUGGAGUUUGAUGAUCUGUCGGUAAAUAAUUUAUGUCUUUCGUUUGCCUAUUUUCUGAAUCAAGCUGUCUUACUUUUGUGGUAGAUCUCCCGAGAAGUAGUAAAUGCUCUUUAAAUAACUACAAACGCUGUAGUUUUAUCGGAUGAUUGAAUGGCGAUAUGCACAAGUUGCAUUAAAUAGUAACAAGAAAUCGCCAAACCAUUGUCUGAUAUAAGUUGCUGGAACUGUAUGUUGUGAUCACAAUGGAAUGUAUUCAGUUAAUAAUUGGCGUCCCAGGUUUCCAAGAUUUGAGAUUCUAAUUGUUGGCGGAAGUACUGGAAAGUCUUAUUCUCGUAGUUUUUAUUGGUAUCGAAAGCGUAGUGGCAAUGGUAGUAGCACUGCAUGUAAAACGAAUUCGGCGCUGUUACAGCCUGUCAGGCAUACAUUUUUCCGUACGCUGAUAAAGUCUGGCCCCUCAGACCUAAUGAUAUACCUUGGCUUCCCGUUAGUCGUUGAUUAUUGUAGUGCAAGACACAUUGGCAACUGGAUGUAAUUACUGCUACCGUUCGGUAGUGUAUGUUACUAUCUCAUAACGUCACCGUUUCUUUAGGUAAUUGCCAUCUCCUUUAUAUGAUGUUUUUAGUGCUUCAUAGCACUAAGAAUGUUGUGUGUAAACAAAUCAAGGUUUCUAUUAACACAAAGCUACAUAAUUGCUUUUUAGUUGUUAAUUAAGUUCAGUUGAUGAAAAUAACUUCAUGGUAGCUAGACACUUUGAAUUUUGUUUACUGAAUGACAGGUAAGAUUAUUGUAACAAGUACCCUGGUGUUGGAUUUUCAAAACGUUUCGAAGAUACUGAUUAUGUUAUGAUUAUUAACGCUAUCAUUUGAUGUAACUACCUGCUUGUUAGAAUAUCAUGAAAUCCUUCAAUAAAAGUAGAAAGUAAAUAAUUUCUUGAUUGACUCUGUAUCGUUCGUGACCACAUUAUCGACGAACUUAUUUGCAUUCAUGUAAUUUUCGUCAAAUCAUUUUUCACCCCUUCAGUAGUACACACGUCAAACAACUAACACUUAAUAUUUUCGUGUUCUUUAGUCACUUGUACAACAUGCUGAGUCAAAUCAGUAUUUGUAUAACUCGACGGAUGAUAAGCAUAUGGUUCGAUGUGAUGAUGGUGUCCGAGAAUUAACACAGGAUCCUCACUUCAAAGCUGGUCGAUCGAAGAGACUAUGGAAUGAGUUAUUUAAGGUUUUAGACUCUUCAGAUGUUGUACUGUAUAUUUUGGAUGCGCGCGAUCCAAUGGGCACACGAUCUCCUUAUAUUGAGAAGUACUUAAAAACUGAAAAACCACAUAAACAUUUCAUAUUCAUUAUCAACAAAGUGGAUUUAGUCCCUGUGUGGAUAACAAAACGAUGGAAAGCUAUCUUAUCUGAAGAAUAUCCUACACUUAUAUUCCACGCUGAUAUGACUAAGCCUUUGGGUAAAGUGGCUCUCAUGGGUCUUUUAAGGCAAAUGGCAUCACUUCAUAGUAAAGAACGACCACAAAUAUCAGUUGGUAUCAUUGGUUAUCCAAAUGUUGGAAAAAGUAGUAUCAUUAAUGCUCUUAGAAAUAAAAAAGUUUGUAAUGUCGCCCCAUUGGCUGGCGAAACAAAAGUAUGGCAGUAUGUUACUCUAAUGAAAUCUAUAUUCUUAAUCGAUUGUCCCGGAGUUGUCUAUCCUGAUGGUAAUACUGAAGCAGAAUUAGUUAUGAAAGGAGUUGUGAGAGUAGAGUACUUACAGCAGCCUGAUCUGUAUAUUCGUGAUGUAUUGGAACGUGUUAAACCAGAAUUUCUACAAGCCAAGUAUAAUCUACCACCACUGUCAUCAGACGAUGUUCAGAAUUAUUUGCAAAAGCAAAUUACGGAUAAUGAAGUAAAUAAUGAAAGUAGUAAGGAUAUCAAUUCAAUUUUAUCACAAUCCUCUACUACACCUUUAUUAUGGAAUGAUUAUCCAGAAUUAUUUUUAGAAACCUUAGCUCGACAAAGUGGUAAAUUACUAAAGGCUGGUGAGCCGGAUUUAAACACCACUGCUAAGCGUGUACUGAAUGACUUUCAACGUGGUCGACUACCCUACUUUGUCAAACCACCUAUGGAGGCGGAAGAACUUAAACAGAAUGAUGUCGAUGAAUAUCCGGAAGAAAUCAUCAAGGACUUAUCAAUGGAUGUACCAGAUAAGGACCAAUCCAUUACUGAUGUGAUUUCUUCUACUGAUACCGGUUUUGCAGAAGAUUUAUCCGAGACAGACUGUAGUGAUGGAGAGUUGGAAUCAAGUAACGUACUCAACUACGAUCUGAACACUAAUGAUGAUGGUAGUGUUAAAGCCAUAACAACUUCAAAGGAAUCAGUCCAGAUCUUGACAUCAAAACAAAAAAGAAGUAUGGACAGAGCUAUACGACGUCAGAAAAAUCGUGCAGGCCGUCAAUUUUACAAAGAAAUCCGUGAUCAGCGACCUGGUAGAAGUCCUGGAGGUAAUAGCCAAGAUCUAAGGAAACUAAAUUGCCGAUCCAAGGUUAAUAAAAGGCGCUAAUGAAACAAAUAUUAAGAUUGGAUAAGGGUCGACUAUGUAUAUAAUGUUAUUUUGUACCAAUACAUUUUACACAUGG